AUGGAUGAGCAUCUUGAGAUGGAAGCAGAAAAACUUCGUAUGUCAGAUAACAUGGAAAAUGAGGUCAUGGGAGAUCUGGAGAAAUAUUUUUAAUCUUCUCAUGCAAAUAGGAAGGAGCAGUUGCCUGUGAUCCGAGUUUUCGAGGAUUCAUGCUCGGAUUUACCACAAUCAGACCAACCCUUCGAAAAUCCAGGGGAAUCAAUUUUUGAUGAUUUGGGUCUUGAAAAGCUCUAAAUUUAAUCUGUUCACAGUGAUGGAAGGGCAACCUCUUGGAGUCACACUGAUGACAACAAUUCUUUGAAUAAGCAAUAUUUGAAAAGACCCAGAACGAGACAACAAUUAAGUAACAAAAUUGUGGAGAGCAAUCAGGAUCUCUUUAAUGUACACUAUGCUAAGAGUCUAUACACGAGCAAAAUCAGUUAAUUGGUUGAUAAAAAGAUUACAACAAAUCCAAAAUCAAAUCGAACUUCGAAAAGUCAAUAGAAGAUAAAAAGAAAGUCAUCGCAUUAGCUAAUUGAAACUUCUGAUUAAUCUGAGUAGAAAAGCUCGCUCCAAUCAGGUGGGGAGAUGUCAGAGGACAGAUUAGCAAAAAAUAGAGUUGCGGCUCGAAAUUCAAGAGCAAGAAAGAGAUUGUAUUUUGAGCUGUUGGAAAACAAAGUUAAGGAUUUACAAGAUGAAAUUGAUAGAUUGAAUGAACUAUGUUAGAAUUAGGCCAAAUAAAUAUAAAAAUAUAGAGAGUGUUAAGAAAAAUUCUCCUUCGAGACCCAGAAAAAAUUGAUAGAGCAAUUGGAGGUUUGUUAGAUCAAGGAUUAAGAUUUACAUUCAACUAAAUUUGUUUUAGAAUAAAUGAAAGAGUGCUAAUUUAAUUCUGAUAAGAAUAUGGUUGGGGAUCAAUACAUCGAAAACCUAUUGGAGAUUCUGUUACCCAUAGAAUUAAAAUACAUAGUCUACAGUUAUGAUCAAAAUAAGGAUUUGUUAUCCGAUUUUCAGGGUUCUUUUUUGGAAUGGACCAAAGAGACAUUCUAGCUAAUGGACAUAAAACAGGAGUAAUUUAGAAAGAUUAGGAAACACAAGGAGAAGUUAAAUUGUGUCAAAAAAACCAUAACAAGGUAGGAAUGUCUUUUGUAUUGUUAAUUUUAGUUGCUGAAGAUGAUAAUUGGUGAGGCUUAAAAGGUCGAUUCUAUUUGGAAGUCUAUUUAUGAGACAUUGGAGCCAUUGCAAUUGAGAUCUUUGUUUUUGACUAUUUAUCAAGUAAGAGUGAGCAUUGAUUAACUUUAGAAUUAACAUAGAUCUGUUUUCGAUUGUUGUAAUCUAUUUAGUGAUUGUAAAUAUUUCAAGCAAAACCCAUAGAGUUAAACUGAUUCAAACUGCUAACGGCCUGCAAAUCUAAGAUAAUAUGUGAAAAAAAAUAUUUGA